AAUAUUUGAUGGAUCUAGCCAAACUGUGGCAAAAGGAAGUGUCUCUUCAUUAACAGGAAUGUGCCACUGUUUAUGCACUGGAAAGGGGAGUGCCAUGAGAUCUGUUGAAGAGACUAUUUCUGUGGUCACAUAUCUACAUAUGUUUGCACCCCUGCUGGGACUGAAUUAGGUGGUACAGGCAUCUUGGACUGUCAGGUAUUGGAUAGUGACUUUUUUUUUCAUUCAAGGUGUACCUGGCACGAGAACUGAAAGACACUACAGAUCUUUCUCACAGACGCAAACAGAGUGAGACAGUCUCCAACCUUCCCCUUCUGUAACUGCCUGCUAUACCAUGGGAUGUCGGCAAAGCUCUGAGGAGAAAGAGGCAGCGCGGCGGUCCCGUAGGAUUGACCGCCACCUGCGCUCUGAAAGUCAGCGACAACGAAGAGAGAUUAAGCUCCUUCUCCUGGGUACCAGCAAUUCUGGGAAGAGUACUAUUGUAAAGCAGAUGAAAAUCAUUCAUAGCGGUGGCUUUAACUUGGAGGCUUGCAAGGAGUACAAACCUCUGAUUAUCUAUAAUGCGAUUGACUCCCUCACACGUAUCAUUCGGGCUCUAGCCACCCUUAAAAUAGAAUUUCACAAUCCUGACAGAGCAUAUGAUGCCGUGCAGCUUUUUGCCCUGACAGGGCCUGCUGAGAGCAAAGGUGAGAUUACGCCUGAGCUUCUGGGAGUCAUGAAACGGCUGUGGGCAGACCCUGGCGUGCAGGAAUGUUUUUGCCGCUCCAAUGAGUACCACCUAGAGGAUAAUGCUGCAUACUAUUUAAAUGACCUAGAAAGGAUUGCAGCACUGGACUACAUCCCCACAGUGGAAGAUAUUCUGCGUUCUCGGGACAUGACUACAGGGAUUGUAGAAAAUAAAUUCACCUUCAAAGAGCUGACUUUCAAAAUGGUGGAUGUGGGUGGACAGAGAUCUGAACGCAAAAAAUGGAUCCACUGUUUCGAGGGGGUUACAGCAAUAAUUUUCUGUGUGGAGCUGAGCGGAUAUGACUUGAAGCUGUAUGAAGAUAACCAAACA